UCCAAGAUGGCGGGUCGAGGUCGAGGAAGAGGCAGAGGACGAGGAUUUUCCUUUGACGUAGGAGUCAUUGGCUUUAAGCGUGGGGAAGCUUUACCCGCUACAAUACAACAGCCUCCUCCACUUUACCCGCCUUUAGAUGUCAAACCAUUGCCAUUAAGACAGACAGAUGCCGAUGAAUACAUGCUUGCAUUGAAACAAGAAUUAAGAGGGUGUAUGCGUGAACUACCUUAUUUCGUGAAAGCAGAAAUUAAGUCCAAAGAUAUUGAGAGGUUUUCAGACAGAUACAGAGAAAAGAAAAAGGAAGAAUUAGAGUGGCAACCAGACUGGAGAUUAUUUCCAAAUGAGUUAAAAAUAAGAGUGAAAAAACACAGGAAUCCUAGCAAUGCAAGACCAAGAAUUGGCAAACCAGUUAAAAAGAAUAGUGUUGGUGUGGAGGCUUUGAAGCAGCUUGAGGAAAUGGUCCAGAAAGAGGGUGAUAAUGAUCAAGCUAAUGAUCAAGAGGAAGAAGGAACAGAAGGAGAAAGUGGCGAGGAAGAACUGGAAUAUGACGAAGAAGAACAGGAAGAGGAAAAUGAUUACUUGGUGUCACACUUUGAUGAUGAUGAAGAUGCCUUUAUGGAUGAUGAUGACAUGGAUGAAGGGCCAAUCUACUGAUGCUUAACAUCAUGAAGUGAAAGAAGAAAGCAAUUGGGGACAGCUUGUUUAGCUGACCUGUCCAGCCAAUUGAGAUUGUAAUAGAUUAAAAAGAGGCCAGGAGGGAGAGGCAUGCAUCUUCACAAAUGACUCGACAAAGGAUUGACAAUGGGCUCAACUGGAAAUCAAGUGAAGGAAAAGCACAGUUGGUAUUGUGUUACUACUGCUCUUUCACAUAAAAAAGUCUUCUAUCCCUUUCUGAGGAUUCAUUUUUACAUGGCUCAAUGACUGCACAGUAUCUUAAUGAUCAAUCAGAAAAUGAUAGAUGGCAAUCUUUAUAAAGAAGAAGGAAAGUCACGAAUACCAAGUAUACAAUUUGCGUACAAUGCACCAGAAGAUUUUGGACUAUGGCAAAUAAAAGGUGGUUGAAUGUAUGAAAACCAAUGAUAAAGAACUGAUGGAAAUGUCUUUUAAAAAACAAAUCAUCUGAUAAAAGGAAAGGAGAAGCAUUGAUCUUGCCUAUGUUGUGGAAAAGUGAUGACUGAACUCACUAAUUUUUUCUUACACCUUUUGUCUUUGAUGCUAUUUGGCAUUCAGAGUUCUACGGCGUGUUCAAGUUGAUUGCCCUUGCAUAACACAGCUGCUGGUCUGUAGGAGAGUACUGAAUUGCUUUGUCAAUUAUAUAGAGAUUGUCAAUCUCUACAUUGGUUUUCAAUCCAUUAUUUCCACUCCACCAUGUUCCAAUUUGAGUUUUUCCACUCAUUCCAUCAUAGGAACUUCCCCCUUCCACAGAGUUGUCUUUUUUACCAUUGACAAAUAUUUUUCUGAGGAGAUUAACAAGAUUGGUGUAACUAAAAUUAAUAGUUAUUUCUCAGUUAAAACAAGUUCCUUUUCUUGUAGACUUGACAAGGACUUUCUGGUAUAAUAAACAAAUAUAAAUAAUUAUCAAUUGACCAAUUUGGCUCUCGCUUGCUUUUAAUGAAAAGAAUUCCUGUAAAGAAAAUUCUGCCAUGAGGGCCUUGCCCACUGUACAAGCAGGGGCCAGAAAAGCUGCACAGCCCAGCAUACUAAAAAAGAGGAAAGAGGAAAGGAAGGAAGAGAACAAGUAGUUGUCACGUGACAAAGUGUUUAUAAAGUGAGCAUAGAGCAUCUAUCUCACCGCAUUCCAUUAGCUUUAGUCCAAGUCCAUGUGAUGUGGUACCAUCUUCCAUAUUCAAGUGCAUCUUUUCCCAUAAGGUCAUUUGUAUAG